AUUUUGUCUGUAAAUAAUUAAUUAUUGAACCGUUGAUAAUUUAUGGUUGGAAAAAUCUUAUUGUUAGAAAUAAUCCUAUUUUCUGGUUAAAUUUUGUCUGUAAAUAUAUAUUGAACCGUUGAAAUUUCUAUCCUUGGGAACAUUAGGCUCGUUUGUAAAGUUUAAACUUGUAUUCAGCUUUAUGACUUAGAGUAAUAGCUUUCUUUUUAUACCAUGCACCCAUGCAUGUAUGUAACAGGCAGAAGAAAGCUUUUCGACUUCAUAGUGUACAUAGUAUAGUACAGUCUUGAUCAGCAUUAACAUCCAACUUGGAUGAUCUAGAAAUGUCCGUCUGCCCGUACGUCCAUAUGUCCGUCUGUUCGUCUGUUUUUAAGAGAUAGAGCCAUCUAAUUUGGUAUGCAGACUCGUGUAUGUACAUACAUUUAGGAAUUUUAGCAAAUAUUACUAUUAAACAAUUUGUUAGAUGCAUAAGGCUCAUGACCUCAAAAAUGUCGGCCUAUGUUAUUAAAAGUUUUUGACAUUGAAUAGUAAAAUUAAGUAAUGUAUAAAAACACAUUGAUUAAAAGUUGCGAUAUGAUUAUGAAAUAUAAAAUUACCGUUAUUCCUACGAAUCUGAUAUAUCGUAUAUGUUGUUGUUGUGCCCCAAAAAGAAUUUGAGUAGUACAUUGUAAAGUUGACUGUAUUCAUAUCAAGCAUACAGAACUUUUACACCUGUCCAACAUAUUAAAUAAACAAACGUUUAAUGACAAUUAAAAGGUCAAUUUUAGCAAUUUAACUACAGACCAUUUAACUGGUCAAGUAAUUGGCCAAUCCCUGGCAUUUGUCACCAUAUAAAAACCUCCUUAAAAAAGAGCCAAACUACCAGUUGAGAUGUAUAAAGUCAACGAGUUGUUACUAUCCCCGGAUACUUUUGAUAAUCCAAUCUUUUGUAUACAUUUACGUUGUUUUCGCUGGUAUGGGUAUGUGGCAUCAAGAGGGGAAAUUAAACCAUGGAAAUCUCUGGCACGUUGCACCAUAUUAACAGCUUCUAUUUGGUUGAGUUGCAUGCUGAUGUUGGCUCGAGUAUUCCGCGGGUAUGAAAAACUGAAUGAUGGAGCCACAAGUUGUGCCACAGCUGUGCAAUAUUUCGCCGUUUCGAUAGCCACUCUAAAUGCUUAUUCGCAAAGGGAAAGGGUAGUGACCAUGCUGCGAUUGGCCCAUAAAGAUAUCCAGAGAUUAAUGAUCGAUUGCGAUCAAAAGGAAUUGCAACUACUGGAGCACACUCGGAUAUAUGUGAGAAGGAUUACAUUUAUAUUGUGGGUUCCCUCGGUGGUAGCUGGUUUAAUGGCAUGGUCCGAUUGCCUCUAUCGAACUGUUUACAUUCCACAAACUGUAUUUAAUAUGCCCGCUGUACGACGCGGAGAGGCUCAGCCUAUUUUACUCUUCAAACUGUUUCCAUUCGGUGAAUUGUGUGAUAACUUUGUGAUCGGAUAUCUGGGUCCUUGGUAUGCCUUGGGAUUGGGCAUCACAACCAUUCCAUUGUGGCACACUUUCAUCACUUGCCUAAUGAAAUAUGUACAUCUGAAGCUACAGAUAUUAAAUAAACAGGCACAGGAAAUGGAUAUCAAGCGCUUAAACCGAAAUUUAAUAAUCGAUCGUCUGACAAUUUCCGAGCUCGAUUAUUGGCGUCUGCAGUUAUGCAAAAGUUUCAUUCAGGAACAAUUGAGAAUACGUAAUUUUGUUGAGCAAAUUCAGUAUCUCAUAUGUAUUCCAGUUAUGGCUGAUUUUAUCAUAUUCUCGGUUCUUAUGUGUUUCCUUUUCUUUGCCCUUAUGGUUGGCGCCCCCAGCAAAAUGGAUUACUUUUUCAUUUUCAUCUAUCUAUUUGUUAUGGCUUCAAUAUUAUGGUUAUAUCAUUGGCAUGCCACCUUAAUUGUUGAAUGUCACGAUGAAUUGUCCUUUGGUUUUUAUUCAUGCGAAUGGUUCGAUUUCAGUUUGACCGUACAGAGGACGCUGCUCUUUGUAAUGAUGCAUGCCCAGAGGCCACUGAAAAUGCGAGCUCUGCUGGUCGAUUUGAAUCUGAGAACGUUCAUUGACAUUAUGCGUGGCGCUUACAGCUAUUUCAAUCUCUUGCGUAGCUCCCAUUUGUAUUAGAGAUAUCCCUGGCAUAAAACUUGUAGAUGUUAAUGAUGAUGGCAAGCCUUCUUCUCGGGGCUAAUCAAAUGCGCCGAUGCGCUUGUCAACUCGUUCGACUAACAUGACAGUAAACAUGCCAUGCAAUUCAUUUUCGAGCACACUAAAACAAAAAAAAAAAAAGUGGAAACAAUACCAAACAGAAACAGGACAGACAACCGACUGGUAUAUGGACAAGGACAAGGAUGUGAAUGAGGAUAAGAGGACAAGUCAAGAAAAUGCUAAACCAUUUUACAGCGCAAAUAAACGUGCCUGUGCCGUACUCUUUUUCUGUCUCUCUCUCUCCAUUUCCAUCUCCGUUUCCGUGGCCGUCUCCGUCUCCGUCUUUCGACGUAUUCAAAAAGCCAAUGCAAGUAACAAGCAAACAUCAUUUAUCACUUCGCCCUGUCACUGGCAAUGCACGAAAACGACAACACCAACCAGGAGAAUGAGUGAACGAAUGUGUGUGUCCUGUAGUUUCUUUCAAUGGAUAUAAAACGAUUUUUGCACUUUUUA